CCCCGGGCAGGAGCGGGGCGCUUUCGGGCCCGACGCCCUGCAGCCACGCGGGGCAGGACCGGGCCGUGACGCAGCGAGCUGGUGGCAGGAGAGCCGAGCGCGCCGACACGGUGGCCCCGCUGCUGCUGGCCGGCGGCCAGGGCUCGCGGGGCCGGGCGGCUGCGGACCUUGCACAACGCCGUGCACCACGCCCCGGGCGUGCGGCGCUCCCCGGCCCCUUCCCGCCCCGCUGCGGGUCCAUGGCCGCAGCUGGCACCGGGCUGCUCCGGCGGCAGCGGCGGAGCCGGGCAGGUUGGGUGACUCCGGCCCCCGCCAGCGCCAGCCGCCAUGGAUUGGAAAACGCUGCAGGCUCUGCUCAGCGGGGUCAACAAGUACUCGACGGCCUUCGGCCGCAUCUGGCUCUCCGUGGUCUUCGUCUUCCGCGUGCUGGUCUACGUGGUGGCGGCCGAGCGCGUGUGGGGGGACGAGCAGAAGGACUUCGACUGCAACACGCGGCAGCCGGGCUGCACCAAUGUCUGCUACGACCACUUCUUCCCCAUCUCCCACAUCCGCCUCUGGGCCCUGCAGCUCAUCUUUGUCACUUGUCCUUCCCUCCUGGUCAUCAUGCACGUGGCCUACCGGGAAGACCGCGAGAAGAAGAACCGUGAGAAGAACGGGGAGAAUUGCCCCAAGCUCUACAGCAACACGGGCAAGAAGCACGGUGGGCUGUGGUGGACCUACCUGCUCAGCCUCUUCUUCAAGCUCAUCAUAGAGAUACUAUUCCUCUACCUCCUCCACAAAAUGUGGGACAGCUUUGACCUGCCACGGCUCGUGAAGUGUACCAGCGUGGACCCCUGCCCCAACACUGUAGACUGCUACAUCGCUCGGCCGACCGAGAAGAAAGUCUUCACCUAUUUCAUGGUUGGGGCCUCCUCCAUCUGCAUCGUCCUCACCGUCUGUGAGAUCUUCUACCUCAUCUUCAAGCGGGUUGUCCGGACUGCACGGAAAUGGAAGAAGCCCACCAAGCGCUCUGUCAACUACAGCAAGGCCUCCACCUGCCGAUGCCACCUCAAGCUGGAGGAGAAGGAAAACAAGUCCCAGCAUAGGUCUGUGGCAGCCCUGCGGGCCUCAGCUCCCGACUUGACUUUGCUCUGACGGGGUCGUGGAAGGGGAAGAGGGGGGGGAAACGCCCUGGCGGGCGCCAGGAGUAAUGGCCCCGAGGUGGCCAUCUGCAAUGCCACCACCGGACUCUUCAGCUGGGACCUCAACGGCUAUAGCGGGGAGGGGGAGCACGUUCACGGGAAGCCUCCUGCGUGGUGCCACCAACCGAACAUCCCCCGUUUGGGGAUGCCAAGGCUUGUUAGGGCAGCGAGGAAGGGACAGGGUCCUCGCAGGACGCUGCGUGCGACAGCCCCUCUUGGUGUGGGUGCUGCAGGGGUUGGCAGCCAAGGAGCCCCUCUGAGCGCAGAAGCCCACGCUCUUCACGUUGCCUUAAGCUACCGCACCGGAGCGUGCAGUCCCACAGCCGGGUGCAGCUCUCCUCCGUGCUCAGCCCUCUCGGCGAGGAGGAGGGAGAACCACGGGUGCCCUUAUGUCGGGGGAGAAUUGAUGGAUGUAAAGUCGCUGGAGGGACUGUCACCUCCACGGUCUCCGCUGGGUGCUGUUCGCCCCUGCUCCCUUUUUGCGACGGGCCGUACGGGGCCGGUAACCGCACGGGCUCCGCUGGAGCUGGGGUACAUGGUCAUAGAGGGGUGAGCGAGGGGCUCCCGGUCUCUCCGCCCUGCCCACAGAGCAGAGGGUCGAGGGAAUAACGCUGCGGGACGGCGGGACGGAGGGCACGUCCCGGGGUGCCCCUUGGUGCGGGGCAGCAGCCUGCCUCAGCCUGUCUGUUCUUUCCGCAGGGGAGAGGAGAUGUGAUCUCCCACCCGGCCCGGCCCGGCUCAGAGACCCUGCCCCUUGGCCCGCGAGCUUUCUGAGCCUGCAAAGUGCCCGAACCACUCGACCCCUACGAGAAAUGACUAAACCCAGCAACCCAAAGCCCCUGAGAAAGGGCGGCGGGGCAGCCGAGCAGAUGCAGGUAAGGCCUGCAAGCGUUGCCGGCUGCACCGCGGUGCAGCGUGCUUUAGGGCUUCGCCGAUGCCCAGGCGCCGUGCCCGAACACCAGCUCCACGGCCAGAGCCCUCGUCCUGCUGCGGGCUGAGGAGGAGCUGCCGUGACUCCCAGAGUGGUGCUGCAAGACGUUCACGAACCCGGAGCAAGCACCGACGAGCAGGGCUCUGGGUGGCUGCCGACGGCCCCUCUGCGGCGAUUUGCCAGCCCGGGGGCAGGGGCAGGUUUCCCCUCCUUGCUCAAGCAAGCGCUGCACCGAUGCCCCCCCCCCCUUCCCCCCGCCGCGGGCUCCUCUGCUUCCCCGGGCGCCAGGGCUUCGCACCCCCUCCAGCCCCGGAUGGACGUGUCAGCGAGGCCGUUAGCUGUGUGUCCAAAAGGCCAAUAAAUGUCAUGUCGUUUGUAGACACCGGCACCUGCUCUGCGUGCUGUGAGUCCAGGCUGGGAGCGGUGGGGGCACAGAGAGCAGGGAGGAGGGAAACGGCUCGGCGGGAAGAGACGCCGAGGGUCCCCGUGAGCCUGCCCCGAACCCGGCCUGCCGGGCGCCUGCGGAGCGUUAUCCCAGCUUGCCACGCGCCGUUGGGCUUUAAUUCACCGCAACCACGUGCCGGCCCCCGAGGAAAUCAAGGAGGGAUCAGCAUCAAUUAUUUACUAAACCUUGAUAAAUAUUACAACAAAUAGCAAUGAUUUCCGUUUAA